GUAUUGCAUCGACAGUGCAGGAGUACAGUAAAACAUGAAGUUCUCGUCGUUUGUGGUCAUCAUGCUUUGGAUGUUUCUGCAAGGGAAGUCCUCACUGGCCAGGAGCUACGAAACGGCUCAGGAAGUUACCUUCCCGGAGCAGUGCAAUGAAUAUUGUUUCUCAGUUCUCCAGCCAUUCCUCGAUCAUUUACUCAAGUUUAAAGAGGUGGCAGAUGCCAAUAAUGAAAUGAACGACAGAAUACACUCAUUGGAGCUCACCAUCAAUAAUUUGCAGAGUCAGAUACUAAAAAGUGAGACGGAACUUACAAAAAACUAUGUCCAUCAAAUCAAGGUGAAAGACGAGCAUAUCAAAGACAAAGAUAAACAAAUCAAGGACAAAGACGAGAAAAUGAACGUUAAGGACAAACAAAUCAAGGAUCUCAGAGAGCUAAUCAAUGGGAAAGACGGGGAUAUCAAGGUGAGAGACGAUCAAAUCAAGGUGAAAGACGAGCAUAUCAAAGACAAAGAUAAACAAAUCAAGGACAAAGACGAGAAAAUGAACGUUAAGGACAAACAAAUCAAGGAUCUCAGAGAGCAAAUCAAUGGGAAAGACGAGGAAAUCAAGGUUCUCAGAGAGGAGGUGAAGAUGAUUUCUUGUCUCAAUAGUGGCCCAAAUGGCAUUUUCAAUAUAAAGGUCAAGGGAAUGGAGCCGUCCCAAAGUCCCUGCAAUUCCUUUGGAUGGACGGUCAUUCAACGGCGUAUCGACGGAAGUGUUGACUUUAAUCGCAAGUGGACGGCUUACAAAGAUGGAUUUGGAGACGUUUGGGGAGAGUUCUUCCUGGGACUGGAAAAAAUUCAUAUAAUGACCUUGGCCCAGCCUCACGAAUUGUACAUCCAACUUCGAGAUGUGAAUGGUACCACCAAAUAUGCUCGCUACGAUGAUUUCAAAAUAGGAAGCGAAAGUGAAGGCUACAAACUGAAAUCGCUGGGAGAGUAUUCAGGAACAGCUGGAGAUUCACUAACUUACCAUCUGAACAUGAAAUUUACCACAUUGGACCGGGAUAAUGACAAUGAUAAGAACGCUAAUUGCGGGAAUUAUUAUGGAGGUGGUUGGUGGUUUAAUAAAUGCGCUCGAAGUUCCCUCAACGGAAAAAAUUAUGACGAUGGUAAAAGAACUUUUAAUCAAAAUUACGGAAUUAUUUGGGUUACUUGGAAGAACUAUGACUACUCGAUCUCGCUUACAUUUUCUCAGAUGAUGAUAAGACCAAAACCGUCAUAAAACGAUUACUCUUUAAUGAUAUUUUAAU